AUGUGGCUCCCGCCGCUCCUUGUCCCUGUCCCUGUCCUCCUUGUGCUCCUUGUGGUGCCACCGGCCGUGGGCGCGGCCCCGGCCCCGGCCCCGGGCCGGGCCCCUCCGGCCGUGCGGUGGCCGCUGCGGGUGUCCCCUUGCCGGCCGGCCUCCCUCCCCGCCCCCGGGCUGGCCCUGGCCCUGGAGCCGGGGGCAACCAACUUCUUGGCCAUGGUGGACAAUCUGCAGGGGGACUCCGGCCGAGGCUACUACCUGGAGAUGCUCGUCGGGACCCCCCCGCAGAAGAUGCAUAUUCUGGUUGACACUGGAAGCAGUAACUUUGCAGUAGCAGGCUCCCCGCAUUCAGACAUAAGUUCCUAUUUUGAUCCCGAGCGGUCCAGCACAUACAGUCCUAAAAACUUUGAUGUCACUGUUAAAUAUACACAAGGAAGUUGGAGCGGAUCUGUUGGUACAGAUGUUAUUACUAUCCCUAAGGGAUUUAAUGGGUCCUUUAUCGUCAACAUUGCCACCAUUUUUGAAUCGGAGAAUUUCUUCUUACCUGGGAUUCAGUGGAAUGGGAUCCUUGGGCUUGCCUAUACCGCUCUUGCCAAGCCAUCAAGUUCCUUGGAAACGUUCUUUGACUCCCUUGUGAAGCAAGCCAAAAUCCCCAACAUUUUCUCCAUGCAGAUGUGUGGGGCAGGAUUGCCAGUGGCUGGUACUGGUACCAACGGAGGUAGUCUUGUCAUGGGAGGUAUUGAAUCAAGUUUAUACACGGGUGAUAUCUGGUACACCCCCAUUAAGGAGGAAUGGUAUUACCAGAUAGAAAUUCUGAAGCUUGAAGUUGGAGGACAAAAUCUCAAUUUGGACUGCAGAGAGUAUAAUGCGAAUAAGGCUAUAGUGGACAGUGGCACCACCCUUCUUCGCCUGCCGCAGAAAGUCUUUGAAGCUGUUGUGGAAACCAUCACCAGCACAUCCUCGAUUCAAGAUUUUGCUGAAGGAUUCUGGACCGGUUCCCAGCUUGCAUGCUGGAGUAAUUCCGACAAGCCCUGGUCCCUCUUUCCCAAAAUUUCUAUUUACCUGAGAGAUGAGAACUCAAGCAGGUCAUUCCGCAUCACUAUCCUUCCUCAGCUUUAUAUUCAGCCCAUGAUGGGUGUUGCUUCGAAUUAUGAAUGUUACCGAUUUGGCAUUUCGUCUUCCACAAACGCUCUGGUUAUUGGUGCUACGGUGAUGGAAGGGUUCUACGUGGUAUUUGACAGAGCUCAGAAGAGGGUGGGCUUUGCAGUGAGUCUUUGUGCCGAAGUUGCUGGUUCUCCAGUAUCAGAGAUUUCGGGACCUUUCCCAACAGAUGAUGUAGCCAGUAACUGUGUUACCACAUUGCCUUUCAAUGAGCCCAUUUUAUGGAUUGUCUCCUACACUCUCAUGAGCAUCUGUGGAAUCAUCCUCCUUGUUUUGAUCAUUCUGCUGCUGCUUCCGCACCGAUGUCAACACCGUCCUCGAGACCCCGAUACCGUCAACGACGAAUCCUCUUUAGUUCGGCACCGCUGGAAAUGAAGACCUAGAGCAGAGCCUAAGGAACCUUAAACUCCACCGUGAGCCCAAGUUCAAGUACGCAAACAAGGGCUGAAAGCCAAAGCCUCUUUCUUUAUACAUUAGUCUUAAAUCACUGUUCCGCUGUUGGAUAUCCUCCAGAUUCACUGUACCUUUAUUUUAUAGAUUUUUCUCCCACCCCUCAAAAAAAAACUUUGAUUAUGAGCCAAAGUGUUAGAAUCAAACUUGAGAGCCUGCGUGAUUGGUUUAACAGUACCAUUCUAUGCCAAGUCCCUGACUACUGCUGUUGGUCCUGCAUUCAUUGCACAAGGUCUUCCCCACUCACCAGAAUCCUUCACAAACGAGUAUUGGCGGAUUCUUACUCCGUUCAAACUUCAGCUUCCAGGGCAGAGCAGGAGUUUUUAUAUUGAUCCCAUUUAAUUGGGUUUCCUUCGAUCUUCAACACAUCUCUGAAAGGCACAAGAUGGUGGAUCUUCUGUAGCAGGAAGAGAAAGCCAGGCCCAGUGGCCCUGCUCUCUUCUGAGAGGAAAUUGGGUUUUCAAGAGGACUGUGCUCAGUCCUUCUCUCUCCAGCGGCUGGGACCUGACCCCUUCUUGAAGAGCAUCACAAGAGGCCUUGCCAGCAUCUGGGUGCUUAAUAUGAAGAUGAAGUUGGCAUUUCCCUUCCAACUCCCAAGCCAAUUAACUCUCGAUUAAAAAUGGAGGGAAACAACUGUGACUCUUGGUUAUUUCCUGUUUAACACUACACAGCUACCUCCUUUGAGACUUCCACAAGGGUGCCAUUCCAGAGUGGGUUAUAAUAGCCUGACCCUGGCACUGCGUCUGAUGCUAGAAAGAUUCCUUACCAACAGACACAGGUGCUGAUUCCCACCCAUGCCUGUUCAGAGUAGUUCUGCCCAUAAUCCAAUCUUUGGGAGACCUGCUGUUGGCAAAGAAACUCCUCUCUUUCAACUGCUUUUGUUCGCUAGGUGAUUCCCUUUCUAUGUCACCUGAACUGCAGAAGGUUGGAGCUAAAUCAGCCCAUUUGGCAAUGUCACUCAGGGAGUGGUAACUUUUUCGGUCACCGCCUUCAAACUAUACCUGGAUUCCAGGUGGAACCGCAGGUGUUUGUGACAUGAAGGUGACGGAUUGGAAAGGGAAAUGGCUGCUUCAUUCAGUCCCUUAACUCUGAGAGCAUGUCUUCCUUAGCAAGGCUCAGACCCACCAAUUCUGAAUCCAUUUGCCAAGCCAAAUUGCCUUCAAGGCUGAUACAACAUGGGUGAGUAUUUCUGUUGGGGAAAAUCCAGGGUGAUGGAUGGAGCACAGUGAGUGGGUCUAGGCUUUCAGAGGUAAGACCACUUCCCUUGAAGCAGCGUAAAAUUAGUUCAAAAAAUAUCCCCGCCUUGUUCCUUCUUUUGCCUUUUUCCUACCUAGAAAUUAAUAUAGCCGUCAGACAGCCUGCAUUAAAAGACCUGGCUCAAGAGAGGCAGUGAAAUGUUUAUUUUUCUAUAUGCCACAAUGCUUGGCCCACUCUGUUCAGCACAGUGUAAUGUGGCUUCGAUGUCUGGGUGGACUGAACACAUAAUAAAAAUAAUCCUAAAAGGCUCCAGGGCUUGAGUAUUUCCUCUGGCUCAAGUUCCUUUGGCCUUUAAAAAGGGCUGAAUUUAUCCCCUUCAGGUAUGUCGUCUGUACAUGCAACCUCCGCUGGCUUGAGGGAGUCCUUUACAGAGGUGACUAAUGGAAGACCAAUUCAGCCUAAUGCUUUCUAAUGGAAUCUGAUUCAGGAGUUGCCUGAUUGUUGCUGUUGUGCUUUGGAAAGUUGGGAUUUAGACAGGAGCUUGUACUGGUUGGAACAUGGGGAAAAAAGGGCAGUUUUCCACCAUGUAAUAGCUUAAGAUUUUUUUGAGCCAGUGAAAAAGAGAGCAAGACCAUGUGUGUGUUAAAGAGAAAUAAAGAGAAGGGAAGGAGGGCUAAAGU